GCAACGCCCUUCGUCAUGAUGAGAAUCACGUCGGAAUUUCUCUUGGUGACGUGAACUGGGUUAGCGCCACGCUACACAAGGCUUUUAUGAUUCCUAAUGUCAUUAUACCCCUCGCUCUAUUUUCCAAGUUGGACUAUGAUACGCACUAAUAAAAGUGCACCUGGCACUUACUGGAAACUAUUUCGAGCAUUGCAUUGGUCGUAAAUCUGUCCUAUUUUCCCCCUCGAUAGUCCGUUUUUUGGAUUUGUUGCAAAACAUCGUUUCGAAACACCUUUUACGCAAUUCAUUACAUUGUGUUGACGCGCCGCGUCUUUGGAAAGUAUGCUGUCAGGAAGAAGUGGUUGUUCAUUUUAAACCGCGUUGCGCGCACAGCACAGCAGACGCCACGCAGUUUUGUGGUACCUGUGGAGGACCGAGAUUUGAGACGGGAGGAUACCUGAGUGAAGAGGGGGCAACGACCUGAAAGCCGUGUUCGUGUUUCCGUUGAAUGCUCAAUUGGAUUUGCAACAGCGAACUGAAAAGCUGCCUGGACGCUUUCAGCACCACGCCUGCGAACAGCUCCCGUUUCCCCCUGGCGCGUUUUUCCGUCUGGAUGGGCACUAUCUGUCUCCUUCUUUCGUAGUUGUGACUGACUGCAAUGGCUUCUCACGGGUUUUGGUCUCUCGGUGGCCAAAAUGCUGGUAAUCCUAAUGCUGGCAGCCAAAGCCCCAGUACACCAAGAGCAUGGUGUCAGGCAGCGGCCCAAAAAUUUCCUGGUGGUCUUGGAUCGAAAUUAUGUGCACUGCUAAAUGUCGGCGAGGAAGCAGUCGACAAACCAGUCGACACAUCAACCAAACAAGAGGAGGAGACACCGGCUGAGACCUGCGGUUGCAAUAAACCAUGUAAUUGUUCUAAAGCAACCACCGGCUUUUCCGAGCUCUACUCAACAGAUCUUCUUCCUGCUCUGGAUGGAGACAUGAAGACAAUGACUUUCCUCCAGGAGGUCGUGGAUAUCUUGUUAUCCUAUAUUGUGGAGUCGUUUGAUAGGUCAACGAAAGUAAUCGAUUUUCACUACCCUAAUGAAUUACUCCAAAGAAACAACUGGGAACUUUCCGAUGAGCCUGAGAGCUUGGAUGAUAUCCUUGUAAGUUGUCGGGCCACCCUGAAAUACGCCAUUAAAACAGCGCACCCCAGGUAUUUCAAUCAACUCUCUACUGGAUUAGACAUGGUUGGCCUGGCGGCGGAUUGGUUGACAUCAACUGCCAAUACCAAUAUGUUCACCUAUGAGGUGGCGCCAGUGUUUGUGCUGCUGGAAUACGUCACGCUCAAGAAGAUGAGGGAGAUCAUUGGCUGGUCCGAUGGACGAGGCGACGGCAUCUUCUCUCCCGGUGGCGCCAUAUCCAACAUGUAUGCCAUGCUGCUGGCACGCUUCAAGAUGUUCCCUGAAGUGAAGGAGAAAGGAAUGUCGUCGAUCCCCAAACUAGCAGCUUUCACUUCGGAGCAUAGCCAUUUCUCCAUCAAAAAAGGAGCUGCUGCUCUUGGCAUCGGGACAGAGAGUGUCAUUUGCAUCAAGGCAGAUGAGAGAGGGAAGAUGAUACCGUCCGACCUUGAGAAGAAGAUCCUGGAAGCGAAGCAGAAGGGUCUCGUUCCGUUCUUUGUGAGCGCCACGGCCGGCACCACUGUCUACGGAGCCUUUGAUCCACUCAUCGCCAUCUCGGACAUCUGCAAGAAAUACGACGUCUGGAUGCACGUGGACGGUGCCUGGGGAGGCAGUCUGCUCAUGUCGCGGAAGCACCGGUGGAAGCUGAACGGGGUUGAGAGGGCCAAUUCAAUGACCUGGAACCCCCAUAAGAUGAUGGCCGUCCCACUGCAGUGCUCCGCCCUGCUGGUCAGAGAGGAGGGUCUGAUGCAGAACUGCAACCAGAUGCACGCAGUCUACCUGUUCCAGCAGGACAAGCAUUACGACCUGGGCUAUGACACAGGGGACAAGGCCCUGCAGUGUGGGCGCCAUGUGGACAUCUUCAAGCUGUGGCUCAUGUGGAGGGCCAAGGGCACCAUCGGUUUUGAAGCUCAGAUUGACAAGUGUCUGGAGCUGUCCGAGUACCUGUACAACAAGAUCAAGGACAGGGAAGGAUAUGAGAUGGUCUUUGACGGAAAACCUCAGCACACCAACGUGUGCUUCUGGUACCUUCCGCCCAGCCUGCGCUACGUGGAGGACAAGGUGGAGAAGCAGAAACGCCUGCACAAGGUGGCCCCUGUGAUCAAGGCCAGGAUGAUGGAGUACGGGACGACCAUGGUGAGCUACCAGCCACAGGGGGACAAGGUCAACUUCUUCCGCAUGGUCAUUUCCAACCCGGCCGCCACCUUCGAGGAUAUCGACUUCCUCAUCGAGGAGAUCGAGCGGCUCGGCCAGGACCUCUGAGAAGCCUGAGCAACGCAAGAGUGCUGCGAGUCCCAUGGCUGAGAGCUCAGAUAUGUGUCUCCCCUCCCCCGAUGGAUGAAAUGUUUGUCUGUGAAUGUACCAGUACUGCGAUUCUUUACUUUGUCUCCUCUGACAUCUCCUAGAGAUAGUUAUAUUUAAGAAAACAUCUAAACAAAACAAAAAAGACUUUAAAAUCUUUCUCUCUAUAUUAAUAUACAGUAUAUAUGUAUACAUAUAUAUAUUUCAGUAUUGUAGCGAUGUUGUGGCCUUCUCGGUCCAAAGCCAUGUGAAAGUGUUUAUGUCUGCUUUUCAUGUCGACAUUAGUGCAUUUGAUGUACCAUCAUAAGUACGUAGUGUAAGUAUGAGGACAUGUAUUCUCCAAUCCUAGUGCAAUAGAAACUGAGUUAGUUUAUACUAACCUUAACCAGACUUCAUAAGUGCCAGAGAUAUAUGAAAUAUCUUUUGAUUUAUUGAGGCACUUAAAGCUUACCUCAAUUUGGGACUACUGCCUUUACAAUCAAUGGCGUCCUGUAUUGAACUCUUAAGGUGUGUGUCUUUCUUUUUAUGUCUAGAAAAAUGUAAUUAUUGGAAAGAGGACAUUUAGAUUGUGGCUGUCUGGAUGGAUAUCAUAUCUUUAAUCAAAAAAUAAUACAUUUCCUCGUUAUGGUGGGUGCAUUCAUAUUUCCAAAAAGCAUUUAUUUGACAGCUUUCACUUUUUACCUUAUUUCAUUCAUUGCAUCAUCAGUUCACAGCUAGAAUGAGUAACUAGAGUAAGUAACUCUAGAGAAACACAAUGUCCUUCCUUCGUUAGGAAUAGAUACAUUGUAUGGGUAUGCAUCCGUCACAAAUAAUAAUGUUUACGUAAAUACUUUUUGAAAGUCAUGAAUGUUGAAUAGAUGGAACAUGCUUUCUGUGUUAAGACACUGUUUAAGGCCCCUCCAGUCAAGUGUUACCUGGCCGCUUUCAGUGAAGUCCAGGACAGUGAGAAUAGUGGCUGGUGAUGAGGAUGAUGAUAAUGAUGAUGAUGGCGAUGAUGAUGAUGAUGAUGAUGAUGAUGAUGAUAACUAUGACCAUGACACAAACAAAAUCAUUUGCCAAUUAGACCGAAGCACACAAACACCAUUUGCCCAAAGCCCAGAACUAAAGGACUUCUGUUAUUUGAACAGAAUUUUCAUAUUUUUAGCGGGAUAAAAGCCUCAUGUCUGUUUCUUGGUUUGUUUACAACCUCCAUCUUUAACUGUUGAAGAUAGUGAUUCCUGACGGAGUUUUUGCUCAGUCCUGACUUUGUCUGACUUGAGAUUUUACCUUUUGGGAGAAUACUGCUUGGCGUCCAUGACCAGCUUGGAUAGAGAUGUGGUGUGGUUGCCAGUCGGAACUUUUAUUGAGUUUUCAUACUUAAAUGGGUGCUGACAUAAACAUGGAGGACCAUAGGUAAUUUAGCGAUGAUGAAUUUUAUCACAUAGAGAGGAGUUACUGUUUUUAAGUCCCUUGAUUAAUUUGCCAAGUGGACAUUCUCAGUCUAGAUAAGCUCAAAACCCUGGAAACCGAUGUCAAGGUCCAAAGGUCAAAAACGUACAAUCAAAAGCAAUACAAGCCACAUACUAUAUGAUCCGUUGGCUUCUUUCCGUAUCAGUUUUAAUUUAAAAACAAAGGCAAUAGGCUGUUUAUAUUCCCAACACAUUACUUGAGAUCCUAUGAUGUAUAUGGGAAAAGUUAAUGAAAAAUCACUCAAAAUAAUAUUUAUUGGAUAAGCACCAGUUUUUGUGUGUUUUGUAGUUGAUUCAGUCUGCUCAUGCAGGCAGCAUGACUAUGUAGCGAUGACAUGAGGGAGGUAGGAGUCAACAUUUUAAAAAGCACAAUUACUUACUUACUUACGGCGUAGUUAUCCGCAUCAGCUUUCAGUUUGUAAAUAGACUUUUAAGAUGUCCAUGACAGAGUGAAGAUGUAUGUGUAUACAUUGGUGUAUAUAAGGCAAAUAACCAGAGUCUAUUUGUGAAGUAAAAUAUUAUUUUGUCUAUUUAAUAGAGAUUAUCUGACUUUAAUCCCAUUGGUCAUUAAUGCUUUUGGGUGACAGAGAGAGAGUAUUUAUGUGUGUGUGUGUGUGUAUGUGUGUGUGUCAGACACAUGAGGUAUUAAACAUGUCACCUAACUAAAGAGACAAAUGAGUGAGGAGACAGGCUGCCAGCACAUUCUCGAGUAGGAUUUCAAAAGAAUAUGCAAAGCCAUUUUUACAACACUAAAGCCCGUGGUCUUUGUGCCCAAGUGAUAUACUUGACAGGUUGUGCCAAUAUGUAUUUUCCUUUGUGUGUUUGUAAAUUUGUUGCCUUAGUAUCAAUUUUACAGUAUUUGUCUUGUUCUUCUCAAGGAGAGUUUGUGCACUUUAGCUUUAAUGUGCAAAGCUCUGAUAUGUGCAAUGUUGAAAUGGUUGUUCAUCGUUUGAUGUGGGAUUUUAAAAGUUAGGGGAAAAAACAACAAAAACAAUCAACAACUGUGAUUUGUCGAAUGUGUCACGCUUUUGAGUCUGUUUGAAGAUUGAAAGUGGAAAGACUGGUUUAUCUCCUGAAACCUUGCUUCUGUUAUUCAAUUGCUUUUGUAGUUUGAGCUGUACUUGUAGAUAUAACGAAGCUACCUUGUUCCUGUAUCUACCUACACAUCAACAGGCUAAUUUAUCUUUAUAUGGAACACAGAGAGAACAAAGUGGACUUUUUCUCUGUCCCCACUGAAUUGGCAAUCUCUCUGUGAUUUUACAGCAUCCAGUCACCUCAGCCUUGUGGAGGUAGUCUUGGAACAUCCGCCAUUUUGUUUUCUUAACUUGCUGUUGUUGCUGCUGUUGCUGCUACUGCUGCCACUGCUAUUGGCCUUGCUCACUUUGCACGUGCAUGAAUGCUUUUGCCCCCUCUGCCCCCCAAUCCCCAUCGCACCCAGCUUGUGAAUUUACAAUCCUUGUGACAGUCUUACCCAACGUCUGCUCUUGUAGCGAGUGAUUAUUAGCAUAGCUUUAUGAUAUAGCAUAGCGUUGCUUCAAGUACCUGUGUUGCCCACCCCCACCCCCACUCCCUGAAGAUGGCUAUGCGCUAAGCAAGCUAGGCAAGCAAGCAUGCGCUCCUCGGCUCGACCCUGUCUGCUUUCUGCUGAACUGAGUCCUCUGUCUUUCUCUGUCUUUCCUCUUUCUCGCUCUUUUCUCUAUCACGUGUCUAUGGAUGAAGCGCUGGUGUGUGUGUGUACACUAUGUGUGUGUUUUUCUGUGGGUGCACAGCAUGUUACCGCAAGUAUCUUCUUCGCUUUUGAAAUCUUCUCUCUGAAGCUUUGCCCCCCCACCCCCCCGGUAGCAGCAACCAGCUUUUGAAAAAAACAAACGUUUUUUUAGCACUGCUUACUGGCUAGCCACCAGGUCUUUCAGCCUUGCAGAGAUAUUUCCUGAGUCCAUUUGUGAUUAUUUUUAGCAACCUGACAAAACAGGGUAACUCAUGCCUCUGAAGUGAGUGUAUUAUUUUGUAUAAUUGAUUUCUAUUUCUCACUGUCAAUUAACACCAGUGAUGAUGUGUCAGUCAAAUUUUUCUGAAAUCUUUAACUGGAACAACUGUGCAAGCGAAUAGGGCGUCUGUUAAAUCAGAAAAUAAUAUAUGUGUAAGAUGCCAGCCUCUCUGAAACAAAAAAAAAUGAAAUAAACAAAACUGUCAUUUUGGCCUGUAUGUUAACCUCCCUGGGAAAAUACAAAAUAAACUUUCUCGCCAAACUGA